AUGGAAGAAAAUGCUGGCUUGGAAAUCGUUGCAGAACCCUCAAAAGAAGAAUGUAAAUUAUGUCUUCAGAAUGUCCCGCGAUACCUAACUGCGAAAGAAUUGACGCCAAAAUUACAGGAUCUCCUCAAGGAGUUCCAGCAUGAGUAUAAGGUGCAAAAGGACCCGAAAAAAGACACUUGUAUCAUGAUCUUCCCUAGCCAGGGGAGUCUCAGCGAUUUUCAAGAUUUCAUUUCAAACAAAAAGAUUUUGUAUCCAAAAUGCAAGAAACCACUUUCGAUUAACUCACUCACCAAACGAAAGCUGAACGUCGAGUCGGACGCCUUUUAUUCGAUAUCCAAAAAGAACAGCUCCCUUCCAGAAAGCGAACGGAUCCAAGAUCAGGUAACAAAGUUCUGGCGAUAUCCAUAUUCGGAACAACUGGAGUUGAAAAAGAAAAUGGCAUCAUCCGCUCUAUCUCGGAUUAACUAUAGCCAUGUUAUUGAAUAUGUUGUUGCGUCCCCCGUCCUUACUGGAUAUAGAAACAAAUGUGAAUUUACUAUCGGAUUUGGGGGUGAAUCCGGGAAAGACCCGAUCGUGGGAUUUACAAUGGGCUCUUAUAUGGAGGAAAACUUGUCUGUAUGUUCGCCAGACCCAAUCCUGAUUGUCCAUCCCGGAAUGAAGGCCUUCGUAGCGGCCUUCAACGAGUGGCUUAUUUCCGCACAUUACCAACAAGAUAGAAUCACGCCAGUGGAUGCGUUAUUUGCAGUUUAUAAUAGAAUUACUCAUUGUGGGUUUUGGAGGCUUCUGUUGCUGAGAUUAAUGGAUGACGGAAAAUGUUUGGUGAUGGCCCUGAUCUCGGUUACAAAACUUUCCAGCGAUGCAAAUUAUCCUCUUAAAGGACUGGAGGAGUUUUGCAGAUCUUUCAGUUGGGAGGGCCAGGAUAAUAAGAAUGUUAGUGUUGCUUCUUUGUCUUAUCAAGAAAGCUCAAGUCUCAGCUUGAAUUUCGAUUUUUCGAAGCCCCUAGUGAGCAUAUAUGGUCCCAAAUCGCUUCCAAUGACCAUUCUUGAUUUUAAGUUUGAGGUUUCAAUUGAAGCUUUUUUCCAAGCCAACGUAUAUGCCUCUGAAAAGCUGUUUACGCUUGCCGGGUCUUUUAUUGCAGACGGUAGCGAUGCCACAAGUAGCGUUCAAAAAAAUAGGAUACUUCUUGAUCUUUGCUGCGGCUCUGGAACCAUUGGAAUUAUUCUUUCAAGCUUUGCUGAUCAUGUUGUAGGGAUUGAACUGAUUGCUGAGGCCAUCGAGGACGCAAAAAGAAAUGCAGCGAUAAAUGGUAUUUUAUUUCUCAUUUUCCUAGGCAUUUCAGAAAAGUCGGAGUGGAUCGCUGGACCCGUUGAAACGAUUCUUCCAAAGGUUUUGUCUUCGCAUUCAAAGUCUGAUGAGUUCGUUGUUAUCCUGGAUCCUCCCAGAAAUGGGGUCAAAAAGGAGGUCAUUCAUUCUCUGCGAAGCAAUCCCCUGAUCAAAAAGGUCAUUUACAUAUCUUGUAAGGCCGAUUUGGCCGCUCUGAAAACCGUUCAUCAUUUGACUAGUCUUUGUCGAUCAACCUCCAAGAGAUACCCAGGUGGUCCAUUUUGCAUAAAAAGGGCAAUCCCGGUCGAUUUAUUUCCCCAGACAGAUCAUUACGAAUUAUUGCUUUUAUUUGAGAGGAACUAA